AUGUACGAGGCUGAUCACGAGGCUCCAAUUACAAUGCUAUCCCUUGCGGAUACGUAUUUCCCAACUUUGACUCCAAAGGAGCAAAAAUAUGCUCAUUUUAUGGCUAAUGCAUCCCAUGCGGGGACAAGAAUCGUAUUAAGACAAGUUUCUCAAGAGAGCGAACCUAUUUAUGAUUUACUUUUAACGUUACAUCGUGGUGUUAAUGGUGUAUAUCCAGGUGAAUCUCAAUUGUAUUUGGAUUACGUGUCUCAAUUCUUAGCUAAUUUAGGUAAUUAUAAAUCCUUUGGUGAUUCAAAAUUUAUACCAGCAUGUUCGAUUGAUUAUAUUUUUGAACUAUGUAAGCUUGCUGGUAUGGAUAUUGAUGGAUCAAUUAAUCAAUUUUGUAAAACUAAUUAUCAAUUGACAGUUCGUGAAUUGAUUAAGGAUGGGAUGUAUAGAGUUAAUGAAGAUAUUGCAUUGUUAGGGUUUCCAUCAGAAGGACACGUUUCUUCUUAUUAUCUUGGAGAUUCUAUCUCGUUGGAUGAUAUGAAAUUAUUGAAACAAGAAUUAUUUGCCAAAUAUAAAAUCUUACCUGAAAAUACUCGUAUUAGAAAAUUAGCUUCCCAUAGAUUUGAAGUCUUGGUAGCCUCAGAGACUCUUACCAACAAAUUACCAGUAUCUGAAUAUCCUCAUGGUAUGAUUACUUUAAAUGAUCCUCAUCAAACCCAAGUGACUUUCAAAUUUGGAGAUCAUUCUCAAGAAAUGGAAAAUAUUUGCCAAAAUUUGACUUCUGCAAAACAAUACGCUGCUAAUGAGACCCAAGCAAAUAUGUUAGAUCAUUAUAUUGCUCAUUUUAAGACUGGGUCUGGUUCCGAACAUAAAGAGGCCCAAAAGUUAUGGGUCAAGGAUAUAUCACCAAUUGUGGAGACUAAUAUUGGGUUUAUCGAAACCUAUAGGGAACCUUCCGGGAUCAUUGGUGAGUUCGAAUCAUUAGUUGCAGUACAAAACAAAGAGAGAACAGCUAAAUUCUCUAAUAUGGUACAAAAUGCUCAAGAAUUUAUUGCACUAUUACCUUGGGAUCGUUCAUUUGAGAAAGAGAAGUUUAAUCCUCCUGAUUUUACAUCAAUAGAAGUCUUGACCUUCACAGGAUCAGGUAUCCCAGCGGGGAUCAAUAUUCCAAAUUAUGAUGAUGUUAGACUGACCAUUGGGUUUAAGAAUGUUUCACUUGGAAAUAUCCUAAGUGCAUCGGCCAAGAGUUCUUCUAGUCAUCCACCAUCUUUCAUUAAAAAGGAUGAUUUGGAUUUGUUUCAAAAAUAUCAAUCAGAUUCCUUUGAAGUUCAGGUUGGGAUCCAUGAAUUAUUAGGCCAUGGGUCAGGAAAACUUUUAUUACAAACAGGACCUGACGAAUUCAAUUUUGAUCACACGAACCCACCUUUGGGAUUGGAUGGCGAACCUGUAACUACAUUCUACAAACAAGGUGAAACUUGGGGAUCCGUAUUUGGUUCCCUCGCUGGUGCCUUUGAAGAGACUCGUGCAGAGGUCGUUGCAAUGUUUUUAAUUACAAACCGUAAGUUGUUGGAUAUAUUUGGAUUUAAGACCAAAGAGGACCAAGAUAAUGUUAUCUACGCUGGCUAUUUACAAAUGGCUAGAGCCGGUUUAAUGGCUUUGGAGUUUUGGGACCCAAAGACGGGAAAAUGGGGUCAGCCACAUAUGCAAGCUAGAUUUUCUAUCAUGAAAACAUUCUUAAUGCAUUGUAGUAAUAACAAAUUUUUAACUAUUGAGAAAGUAGGCGAAGACGAUCUUAAAAUCAAUCUAGAUAGAUCUGUGAUUGAAAAAGAAGGUCUUGACUGUGUGCGUGACUACUUGUUACAUUUACAUGUUUACAAAUGUUCUGCCGACGUCAAACGUGGUUCUGAAUUCUAUAUUGAUAGAUCCACCGUACCACAAGAACUUGCAGCCUUGAGAGAUAUUGUAAUAGCUAAGAGAUUACCUCGUCGUCAAUUUAUCCAGGCUAACACUACUCUGAACAUUGAUACAAACACCAUCACAGUCCAUGAGUACCCAGAGACGCCAAUGGGGUUGAUCCAAUCCUUCCUAGAACGUCAAGCCUAA